CUGAUGCACCUGUGAACUCACUGACACCUGAAGAGUUUACCUGCCGCUGUGACAGAGCUAAUGUUAGCUUAGCAUACAGCUUUAAAAACAAGCAACAGUUGUCUUGAUAUCUGCCGGCUAAUGCUGAUGCUAACACUGCGGAGUGGACGAGUUAGCUUGUAGCCAGUUUGCGUCCUGUGUUCAGUUUAAUCUCUUAGCUAACCGGCUACAGGACGAUGCUAACGCUGAGUUAGCUGGUUAACUGCGCAUCAACUACUUCAAUUGGAGCUGAUGGAGGACACCGAGCCGGAGCUCCCCCCCUCCCCCUCCGUCUCGUCCUCCCCCUCCCUGUCCCUCCCCUCCACCCCCUCCUCCUGCGGCCCCCCCCAGGCCGUGACCCCCCCCUUGUGUGUAAUCAGCGAGGCGGCGGGGGAGCUCAGCCUGGUGAUCGAUGCCGAGGUGGCCCAGCGGGCGUGUCAGGAGGUGCUGCAGAAGGUGAAGCUGACCCAGGUGGACGGAGACGGCGGCGACCUGCAGAACGGGGCGGGGCCGGAGACUCCCGCACCCCUCGCCGUGAAGCCGCUGAAGAUCCGCGAAGAGUCGGACGACCCCGAGGGCCCGGCCCCCGGCUCGGUGAAGAGCGCCCGGCGGCGGCAGAGACACAACCCUUCCAAACAGUCGUGGCUGCUCCGUCUGUUCGAGUCCAAGCUUUUCGACGUCUCCAUGGCGAUCUCCUACCUGCACAACUCGAAGGAGCCCGGCGUGCAGGCGUACAUCGGGAACCGGCUCUUCAGCUUCCUCCACGAGGAAGUGGACUUCUACCUGCCGCAGCUGCUCAACAUGUACAUCCACAUGGACGAGGACGUCGGGGACGCCAUCAAGCCCUAUGUGGUGCAUCGCUGCAGACAGAGUAUCUCCUUCAGCCUGCAGUGUGCCUGGCUGCUGGGAGCGUACUCCUCCGACAUGCACAUCUCCACCCAGCGUCACUCUCGAGGGACAAAACUGAGGAAGCUCAUCCUGUCUGAUGAACUCAAACCCGCGGGGCCUCGAGCCCGCAGAGACCCUCUAACUCUGACACCUUUCUGCCCCGUGGCGUCUCCCUCCGCCGGCCCGGGGCCCCUGGGAGGAGAGCACGGCCUGUCGCCCUCCAAACGCACGCAUCAGCGCUCCAAGUCAGACGCCACCGUCAGCAUCAGCCUGAGUAGUAACCUGAAGCGGACGGCCAGCAACCCGAAGGUGGCGAGCAGCCAGGACGAGCCGGUGCGUCUGGCUCCCCAGAGGGAGUUUAUAAAGUCUCUGAUGGGGAUAGGUAAGCGUCUGGCGACGCUGCCGACCAAAGAGCAGAAGACGCAGCGUCUGAUCUCUGAACUCUCGCUGCUCAACCACAAACUGCCGGCUCGAGUCUGGCUACCCACGGCCGCCUUCGACCACCACGUGGUGCGAGUGCCGCACACUCAGGCCGUCGUGCUGAACUCCAAAGACAAGGCUCCGUACCUGAUCUACGUGGAGGUGCUGGAGUGUGAGAACUUCGAGACGUCCAGCAUUCCCAUCCGGAUCCCGGAGAACCGCAUCAGGAGCACUCGUUCUGUGGAGAACCUGCCGGACUGCGGCAUGACGGCUGAUCAGAGAGCAGGCAGUUUCUCUACCGUCCCCAACUACGACAAUGACGACGAGGCCUGGUCUGUGGACGACAUCGGAGAGCUGCAGGUGGAGCUCCCAGAGAUCCACACCAACAGCUGUGAUAACAUCAGUCAGUUCUCAGUGGACAGCAUCACGAGUUUGGAGAGCAAAGAGCCGGUGUUCAUCGCAGCAGGAGACAUCAGGCGGCGUCUCUCGGAGCAGCUGGCUGUGGCUCCCACCACAUUUAAACGGGACCCUGAGGACCCGUCAGCUGUGGCCCUGAAGGAGCCCUGGGAGGAGAAGGUCCGACGGAUAAGAGAAGGAUCUCCUUACGGUCACCUUCCUAACUGGAGGCUGCUGUCUGUUAUUGUUAAGUGUGGGGACGACCUGAGACAGGAGCUGCUCGCUUUCCAGGUGCUGCAGCAGCUCAAGUCCAUCUGGGAGCAGGAGCGCAUGCCCCUCUGGAUAAAGCCCUAUAAGAUCCUGGUGUUGUCGUCGGACAGCGGGAUGAUCGAGCCUGUGAUGAACGCAGUAUCCCUCCACCAGGUGAAGAAACAGAGCCAACUGUCUCUGCUGGACUACUUCCUGCAGGAACAUGGUGCUCCGACCACCGAGGCCUAUCUGUCCGCUCAGAGGAACUUUGUGCAGAGCUGUGCCGGAUACAGCCUCAUCUGUUACCUGCUGCAGGUCAAAGACAGGCAUAACGGGAACAUCCUGCUGGACGCUGAAGGUCACAUCAUCCACAUCGACUUCGGCUUCAUCCUCUCCAGCUCGCCCAAAAACCUCGGCUUCGAAACGUCUGCCUUCAAACUCACCACAGAGUUCGUGGACGUGAGUUCAGAUGGUUAAUAAUGUAAACUCGGU